CAGCUUGACCCUCCCUAGGGUGGAGGGAGAGCAUAUCAGCAACCCGGUGAUGUCCAGCCCUUGACUCCCUGAGCUAGAUAGAAGUUAACAUGGAAGUCCUAAAGGAGAAAGUAGAAGAGGAGGAGGCAGCAGAAAGAGAAGCAGAGGCUGAGCAAGCAGCAAGGAGGGCGGCGGAGAGAGAAAGAGAAGAUGUCACCCUCAACCGAGAAGACCUCAUAGACCUGGAGCAGAAGCUGAGUGAAAUUGAAGUCCACAUCCCCGAAGUUCCUGUGACCUUCACAAAGAGCACCAUAGACACAUCCACGCUGCCAGCAUCCUACAGAACCAACACUGCCAAGGAACAGUUGCUCCUACAAGUGGCAGAUAAUUUCGCCCGUCAAUACAGCCACCUGUGCCCAGACCGAGAGCCACUCUUUCUCCACCCGCUGAACGAGUGUGAUGUGCCGAAGUUUGUGAGCACCACAAUCCGCCCAACUCUGAUGCCCUACCCAGAGCUCUACAACUGGGAUUCCUGUGCCGACUUUGUCUCUGAUUUCCUCACCAUGGUGCCCCUGCCAUCUGCCAUCAAGCUGCCAGAAUAUCUGUUCUCCCCUACCUCUGUCCUCAAGUACCAGAAGGGGAACUGCUUUGACUUCAGCAUCUUGCUAUGCUCCAUGCUCAUUGGCGCCGGCUACGAUGCCUACUGCGUCAGUGGCUACGCCAGCCAGGACCUCUGUUCCAUGGACCUGACUCGGGAGGUGUGCCCCCUGCUGAAGAAAUCCAAGGAGGUUGUUGUAGAAAAAGAGAAGGUAGUGCUCAAAAAGUACACAGUCAAACCCCCAAGGGACCUACGCAGCAAGUUUGAGCUUGGCCAGAUAGCCAAGAAGGAGGCGGAAAUUACAGCUGCAGAGGAGAAGAAACGGAAGGAAGAAGAAGAAAGACUCUUGGAAUUGGAUAAACCACCUCCAGACCCGAUGCGUGGUCUUCGGAUCCAUGCGUGGGUCCUUGUCCUGUGUGGAAGGCGUGAGGUACCUGAGAGCUUCUUCAUUGAUCCAUUUACUGCCCGCAGCUACAGCACUCAAGAUGAACAUUUCCUUGGAAUUGAAAGCAUCUGGAAUCAUAAGAACUAUUGGGUCAACAUGCAGGAUUGCUGGAAUGGUUGCAAGGAUCUCACCUUUGACCUGGGAGAUCCUGUGCGGUGGGAAUUCUUGCUUUUGGGAACUGAGAAGCCUUACCUAUCCCUGCUUGAAUCAGAGGAAGAAGAGGACCUUGGAGAGGAUGAUGAUGUUGAAAAUAUGGACAAAGAAGAUGAGGGAAAGAACUUUGAUAUGCCCUGUUCUUGGGUGGAACAGAUUAGCAUAUCAGCAAAAGAUUUUGAGACCCGCUGUCCCCAAGGAAGGAAGGUGAUCCAGUACAAGCAGGCCAAACUGGAGAAGUGGAGUCCAUACCUGAAUGGCAAUGGGCUGGUGUCUCGCCUCACCGUCUACGAAGAUGUGGACUGUCGCAAGGCCGUGGAGGUGAAGGAGUGGUACAAGAAUCGGGAAGACUUGUUAGAGAUGAGACAAGUGGAUAAAGUCUUGAAUUUGACCACUGAAUACUUCAAGCCAGGGCAUUUCCUGGCCCUGCGAGUGCACAUCUACAAGACCAUGAUACCAGAAACAGACCGCACGAUGGAAUUCUACCAUACGGCCAGAGUGGAUGGCCUUGUGAAGAGAUCUGAGACCCCCCGAUCAAUGACUGAGUACUAUGAGGGGAGGCCAGAUUUUCUUGCCUACCGACAUGUUGAGUAUGGUGUCCGGACCAAGAAAUUUAUCAUCAACACUGCAGAUACAAACCCUCGGCCCAUGAUGAAAAUCACAGAGCGAUUCAAUCGAAACCUUGCAAAGCUGGCAGAUGAUGAUGUAGCUGAGCGCAUAUUUGUGGUCUCAGAUGAGCGGAUUCAACUUCGGUACCACUGUAGGACUGAUUACAUCACCACCUCAAAGCGGGAAUUCCAAAAAAGGAAUGAUGUGGACAACAAAGGGAACAAGAUCAUCAUGACUCCAGACAUGUGUAUUUCCUAUGAGGUAGAACCCCGGGAACACACCAAGAAGCUGCUAUUCCAAUAUGAGAUGAUGAUGGACUUAAAGAAUGAAGAGAAGAUGUCCAAACACCAAGUGUGGGAGUCUGAAAUGGAGGUCCUAGAGAUCCUGAAGGUCCGUGAGGAAGAGGAAGAUACUCACAAUCUGACCAUCUCCAUCUAUGACACCAAAAGGAAUGAGAAGAGCAAGGAGCAGCGUGAAGCCCUGGAGCGGCAAGCCCAGGAGGAGCACAUACGCCAGGUAGAGGCUGAGCUGGAUUACUUGGCACCUUUCUUGGUCCAGCUCCCUCCUGGAGAGAAGUUGACCCGAUGGCAGGCUUUACGCCUGAAAGAUGAAUGUCUCAAUGACUUCAAGCAGCGGCUUAUUGACAAGGCCAAUCUCAUCCAGGCCCGCUUUGAGAAGGAGACUCAGGAGCUUCAGAAGAAGCAGCAGUGGUAUCAAGAAAACCAGGUAACCAUGACAGUGGAGGAUGAAGAUGCAUAUCUCACCUACUGCUCCCAAGCCAUGUUCCGCAUCCGUAUUUUGGAGCAGCGACUCAACAGACACAAAGAACUCGCCCCACAGAAGUAUCUGGCCUUGGAGGAAAAACUGUACAGGGAUCCACGCCUGAUCGAGUAUCUGAAAGUGUUUGUCUGA